AUGGCAGAAUCUAAGUUGAACGUCAUUGUUGUUGGCUCGGGACUCGCAGGUCUGGCUGCUGCCAGUGUGCUUCGAGUCCAUCACAAUGUCACUGUCUAUGAGCGCGGCAGCCCGAACGUCGCAACUGGUGGACAGGGCAUUGUAUUGUACCCCAACGGGAUCAAGAUACUGAACUCGGUUGGGUUUGAUGGCUCUCGCGCUGGUGGCGUACCCUGCCACGGGUAUCGUAUGCUUGACAAGGAUGGAAAGCUACUGGAGGACAUCCCAAUUGACUUCAAGGGUCGUUGGGGAGCCGACAUGUUGAUGAUGAAGCGCUCCGAUUUUCGCGAUGAGCUUAUGCGUCUCGCAACUACGCCGGCGACAGAGCCUGGCAUCAAAGGAGAACCGGCGCAGCUAGUUUUUAAUACUAGUGUGGUUGACCUUGACCCCGAGGCCGGUACUAUCUGUUUUGCGGAUGGCUCGGUGGUGAAGGGCGAUGUUAUCAUUGUUGCUGACGGUAUCCAUUCCACCCUCCGCGAGCGCAUCACAAAGACUAAAGGCCACGUUCCUAAGAAGACCGGGCUGACGCUCUUUCGUGUCGCUGUUUCGACCAAAGAUGCCCAGGAGGCAGGAGGCAGCUUGCCCGAAUGGUGGGAUGAUGGAAAAGACGAAAACCGUCUAAACAUUAUGCAGCUCGAUGAUCCCCUAAGAAUCAUUGCAAAUUAUCCCAUUCGCCAAAAGAGCUAUCGCAACUUGAGUUGCCUUUUCCCGAUGCAUGAAGCCAGACAAGGCAUUCUCGAGACUUGGUAUAAGGACGGCGAUAAGGAGGAGAUGCUGCAAACGUUUGAUGGAUUUGACGAGAAAACCCGUAAGAUCCUCAGCAUAGCUACAGAAGUCAAAGUGUGGGAUCUCGAAGAACUGGACACCCUCCCCAAUUGGCAUCGCGGACGGGCCCUGGUGAUCGGCGAUGCUGCCCAUGCCAUGACACCACUGCAGGGCCAGGGGGCCAAUAUGGCUAUAGAGGAUGCCGAUAGCCUCCGACUUCUUCUACCUGGAAUGUCUCGGGCGGAGAUUGAGUCUGCUCUUCAAAAGAUCGACAGCAUCCGGCGCCCACGCGCAGCAAAAGUCUUGCAGGACACUCGAAAGCAGACGAAGAGUACGACCUUGCAGGACAGAUUGGCCACAAUGGACUACAACUGCAGUUACAACGGGAUCUAUGAAGCCCUUGAGGAGGCAUUGUCUUCAUAG